AUGAAAGAACUAGAAAAUCUAAAGAUCUCUAAACAAGUCAUAAACAUUGUUUUUGUUGGGCACGUAGAUGCAGGAAAAUCGACUAUCUGUGGACAGAUUUUAAUGUUAAGAAAUAUUGUUGAUACUAGAACUAUAGAAAAAUACAGAGAAUCUGCCAAAGAAAGUGGCAGAGAAAAUUGGUACUUAAGCUGGUGUAUGGAUACAAAUCCCGAGGAAAGGGAAAAGGGGAAGACAGUUGAACUUGGUACUGCAUUUUUUGAGCUUCCAGAUAAAAAAAUUAAUAUUCUUGAUGCGCCAGGUCAUAAACAGUACGUUUUCGAAAUGAUCAGUGGAGCAAACUGUGCGGAUGUUGGAAUCCUUGUUGUUAGUGCACGUAUUAACGAAUUUGAAGCGGGCUUCGAAAAAGGCGGACAGACUAGAGAACACAUUUUACUGAUGAAGAGUGGUACUAUUCAAAAAUUAAUAGUAUUAGUUAACAAAAUGGAUGAUCCUAGUGUCAACUGGUCCAAAGAAAGAUUUACAGAGAUUGAAACUAAAAUCGGAUCUUACAUUAAGUUUUUAUUUAACGAUACUAUUUUUAUACCCGUUAGUGGUUUAACUGGUUCUAAUAUUAAUAAGUUAGAAGAUAACUGGUACACCGGUCCGACAUUUUUUGAUUAUUUAAAUAGUAUAAAAAUCAAUAAAAGAUGUACUGAUAAAUUAAAUAUUAUUAUUGUAGAAAAAUUAAAAGCAUUAGGAUCCAGUUUAAUUUGCGGGAAGAUUGAUAGUGGAAUAAUUAGAAAAGAUACUUUUGUUAAAGCUGUACCUCAAAAUUUUAAUGUACAGAUUGUAGGACUUUACAAUUUAGAUGAUGUAGAAAUUGAUGAAGGGGUUCCUGGUGACACAGUGAAAAUGAAAGUUAAGUCAGAAGAAGAAGAGUUACAACUUGGAAGCCAUCUUGUUGAAUUAACAGAUGAUAUUUAUAAAAAGACAAAAUUAUUUACAUGUAAACUUACUUUAUUAGAAUGUGAUAAUAUAAUAUGUUCUGGAUUUACUUGUAUGUUACAUAUCGGUGUAUUAAGUAUUCAAUGUAAAGUGGAAGGAAUUAGAACAUUAGAUAAUAAAAAGGUUAGAUUUACAAAAGCCGGUAAUAAAGUAUUAGUAAAAAUAAGGACAGAAAAAGAAAUUGCGCUGUCUAGUGAAAAAAAUAAAGAGAAAUUUGCAUUAAGGUUAGGAGAAAAGACGUUGGGUGUUGGUGUAGUGCGAAACAUUUUAUAA